GGGGUACUGAGCUACCUCCUGGAGAUAAAGUCGUCGUCACGGUCUUUAGUCACGCACUUGAAAGAUGUCUGCAGGAAAACAAGGAGACGCUCUGUGCUUCUUUAUCAACGGGAAAAAGGUGACUGAGAACCAUGCCGACCCGGAGACGAUGCUGUUGCCCUUCCUCAGGCAGAAGAUGAAAUUAACUGGAACCAAGUACGGCUGCGGCGGAGGAGGCUGUGGAGCGUGCACAGUUAUGGUGUCGCGCUACCAACCUGCAACGAAAUCCAUCAUCCAUUACUCAGCCAACGCCUGCCUGCUGCCGCUCUGUCAGCUCCACGGAGCCGCAGUCACCACAGUGGAGGGCAUUGGCAGCACCAAGACCAGGAUCCACCCGGUGCAGGAGCGAAUAGCCAAGGCUCACGGCUCCCAGUGUGGCUUCUGCACUCCGGGGAUGGUGAUGUCCACGUACGCUCUGCUGAGGAACAAACCGCAGCCCACCAUGGACGACAUCACCCAGGCUCUGGCUGGUAAUCUGUGUCGGUGUACCGGAUAUCGACCCAUUGUGGAAGGCUGCAGGACUUUCUGUCAGGAAGCCAACUGCUGCCAAGCCAAUGGUGCUGCAAACUGCUGCCUCAAUGGAGAGAAAAAUGGUGAUGAACCUGAGCAGGAAAAGCCUCAGCUCUUUGACAAACUGGAUCUUCUGCCAUUGGAUCCAACACAGGAGCUGAUCUUCCCUCCAGAGCUGAUUCUGAUGGCAGAUACAACGAGCCCUCAAACACUCACCUUUCAUGGGGAGAGGGUCACCUGGGUGUCUCCGGUUUCUCUGGAGGAGCUGAUCCAGCUCAAGGCCAAACAUCCCAAAGCUCCCCUGGUCAUGGGCAACACCAACAUAGGUCCAGACAUGAAGUUCAAAGGCAUCCUACAUCCGCUGAUCAUCUCUCCAACCAGAGUGAAGGGGCUGUUCGAGGUCUCUCAGACGCCACAGGGCGUUUGGGUGGGAGCGGGCUGCAGUUUGUCUGAGCUUCAUUCUGUCUUGGAGAAGCUGGUUCCUCAGUUCCCGGAGGAGAAGACUGAGGUGUUCAGAGCACUGAACCGGCAGCUGGGGAACCUGGGAAGUGUGCAGAUCCGAAACGUCGCUUCUCUGGGAGGAAACAUCGUGAGUGCGUACCCCAACUCGGACCUGAAUCCCAUUUUGGCUGCCGGCAACUGCAAAGUCAGCGUGAUUUCCAGCGGAGGAAGACGAGAGGUUCCCCUGAAUCAGGACUUCUUCGUGGGAUUUGGGAAAGUCAUCCUGCAGCCGGAGGAGAUUGUAGUCUCCGUUUUCAUCCCCUUUUCCAGAAAGGGGGAGUUUGUUCAGGCUUUACGCCACGCACCGAGGAAGGAGGCCUCCUUCGCCACCGUGACAGCCGGGAUGAGGGUGAUGUUCUCAGAGAGCUCCAGAGUGGUUCAGGAUGUCAGUAUUUACUACGGAGGGAUGGGCCCGACCACAGUCAGUGCAGCCAAAACCUGCCAGGCCAUCAUCAGGAGGCCGUGGGACGACGAGACCCUCGGCCAAGCCUACGACAUCCUUCUGGAAGAGCUGGCCCUCCCUCCUUCAGCUCCAGGAGGGAAGGUGGAGUUUCGUAGGUCUCUGACUCUUAGUCUGCUCUUCAAAUUCUACCUGGAGGUCCUGCACAAGCUGAAAGCAAUGAAUGUGAUCACAGACGAGGUCCCUGAGAAGAUACAACCUUUACCCAGAGAGAUCCAACCUGGCCUGCAGGAGUUCCAGCCUGUCUCAAAGGACCAGAGUAACCACGAUGCAGUAGGGCGUCCCAUGAUGCAUCGGUCCGCCAUCAGCCAGGCCACAGGCGAGGCUGUGUACUGCGAUGACCUCCCAAAGAUAGAGGGCGAGCUCUUCCUCAUGGUGGUCACCAGCUCCCGACCACACGCUAAGAUCACAGGGCUGGAUGUGAGCGAAGCCCUACAGCUUCCCGGCGUUGUCGACGUCAUCACAACCAAAGACAUUCCCGGGAAGAAAGUCCGCACAUUUUGCGGCUAUAAUGAGGAGCUGCUUGCCGAGAGCGAGGUGUCGUGCAUCGGUCAGAUGAUAUGUGCGGUGGUCGCCGACACAAAGGCGCACGCCAAACGAGGAGCAGCAGCUGUAAAGAUCAGCUAUGAAGACCUGCCCGAUCCCAUUUUCACCAUCGAGGAAGCCGUCGAGAAGUCAUCUUACUUUGAACCACGACGUUUGCUUCAGAGGGGAGAUGUGACUGAAGCCUUUAAAACUGUCGACAAGGUUUAUGAAGGGGAGAUUCGAAUUGGAGGCCAGGAGCAUUUCUACAUGGAGACGCAGAGCAUGCUGGUGGUUCCCGUCGGCGAGGAGAUGGAGUUCAACGUUUACAUCUCCACUCAGUGGCCAACUUUGAUUCAGGAUGCUGUUGCCGAGACAUUGAACAUCGCAUCCAACAGAGUCACUUGUCAUGUCAAAAGAGUGGGCGGAGCCUUUGGAGGGAAGGUCACCAGAACCUCAGUUUUGGCUUCUAUCACCUCGGUGGCUGCUUGGAAGACCAAUCGUGCCGUCCGCUGUGUCCUGGAGCGCGGCGAGGACAUGCUCAUUACAGGAGGCCGACAUCCCACCCUGGGAAAAUAUAAGGUGGGUUUCAUGAAUGAUGGGAAGAUUGUUGCUGCAGAUUUCCAGUUCUUUGCCAACAGUGGCAACACUGUAGAUGAGUCUCCCUUGGUUGCUGAGAAGAUGGUCCUCCACAUGGACACCGCGUACAACAUCCCCAAUCUGCGAGGUCGCGGCACCGCAUGCAAGACCAACCUGCCAUCAAACACUGCCUUCAGGGGCUUUGGGGUGCCCCAGGGCCUGCUGAUCGUGGAGAACAUGAUCAACGACGUUGCCAUGGUGUUGGGAUGCCCCGCCGACAAGAUUCGGGAGAUGAACAUGUACAGGGGCCCUUCGACCACCCACUACAAGUUUGAGUUCAACCCCGAGAACUUGCUGCGCUGCUGGGAAGAGUGCAAGCGCCGGUCUGACUACAGUGCCCGCCGUGGCGCCAUCGAGCAGUUUAACGAGCAGAACCGCUGGAAGAAGAGGGGGAUUUCCAUCAUCCCCAUCAAAUAUGGCAUCGCCUUUUCAGAUGGCUUCCUUAAUCAGGCUGCAGCUUUGGUCCACAUCUACAAAGAUUGUUCGGUUCUGGUGAGUCACGGUGGGACGGAGAUGGGUCAGGGAGUCCACACGAAAAUGCAGCAGAUUGCGAGCCGGGAGCUUCACAUCCCGCCCUCAAAGAUCUACAUCAGUGAAACCAGCACCAACACCGUUCCCAACACUUGCCCAUCUGCUGCGUCCUUUGGUACCGAUGCUAACGGCAUGGCGGUCAAAGAUGCCUGCCAGAUUCUGUACCAGCGACUGGAGCCAAUCAGAAAGAAGAACCCCAAAGGAACCUGGGAGAGCUGGGCCAAUAAAGCAUUUAUGGAGAAGAUCAGUUUGUCAGCGACUGGAUUUUACAAAGGUCCUGACCUUUACGUCGACUGGGACAAGAUGGAGGGCCAGCCUUAUGCUUACUACACCUACGGAGUGAGCUGCUCUGAGGUGGAGCUGGAUUGCCUCACCGGAGAAUACAGGACGUUGAGGACUGACAUCGUAGUGGAUAUCGGCAAAAGUGUGAACCCAUCUGUGGACAUGGGCCAGAUUGAGGGAGCGUUCAUGCAGGGUUUGGGUCUCUACACUCUGGAGGAGCUGAAGUUUUCUCCCUUCGGGCUGCUGUACACUCGAGGACCGUCUCAGUACAAGAUCCCGGCGGUCUGCGAUGUGCCGCUGCAGUUUAACGUCUACCUGCUGCCCGACUCUGACAACCCCUACGCCAUCUACUCUUCAAAGGGUAUUGGAGAACCCACCCUCUUCUUGGGCAGUUCGGUGUUCUUCGCCAUCAAAGACGCCGUGGCUGCUGCUCGCUCCGAUUCUGGUUUGAAGGGACCCUUUUCUCUAAACUCCCCUGCAACACCAGAGAGGGCCUGCUUAGCCUCUGCCUCCCCAUUCACUCAGAAGGUUCCAGCCAGCAAACCAGGGUCUUUCAAGCCGUGGGCCUUGGACAUCUGAGACUGAAUCAAACUAAAGAUUUUAAACUAAUCAUUUUUAGCUAAUAUCAGGUGAAAUUCACUUAGAGUAGCAAAAAAUACCAGCCGCGGGGCAAAGGUGCUUUUAAUCCACUUCAGUGUUUAACACCUUUACAGAUUUUAUUGUAUCAUUGAAUUUAAGAUUUCAGAAGCUAAACACAAAUCACUGCGAUGCACACGUCACACCUACCCACUGAGUCAAAUACACACGGUUAACGCUGUUGUGCAGUCAAAUUUCCUUUGAUUUAAGACUGCAUGUUUCACUUGCACAGAAUCUGUCCGAUGAUCAUUUCUCUUCUUUUUCUUUUUUUGUGGUGGUCCACCACAUGCACAGUGCAGUUAGUUUUUAAUCUUUUAUAGAUAUCUUUUUUUAGUUAUUCUGUUACCAAAUGUAACCAGAAUUGUGGCCACUCGAGUGGGUUUCAGCCCGCAGACGUGUUCCUCAUUUUUAUUAAUUUUAAACACAAAGAAUCAACAUUGUGAUUGAAUUAGAUUAUCAGA